ACAAGUUAAAUCCUAGUCUAAUAGCUAGACUCCUGUAGGCGCAGCUCUCAACGUUUGACUCAUGUUUGGGCUAUUACUGCUACUCUAAUAACCGGACAUUUUUAUUGUCAACGAGACGCACUUUCGUAUGAAAGAAAUUGCUUACUCUGUGGAUAGAUGUCCGCAUGUAGCAGCACAUCAUGUGCAGCAGAGACACAUGAGUUGUAGCGCAUGAAAACGCACGCGGCCGUUUUGUGGCUUGAACGGUGGCGCGCGCUUCCUUCUCAGAUCAGCUGACUCCCAGUAUGCGGAAGAAGUAAAUUAGAAACAUUAGCUGCGGACAAAGCAGGGUUUAAAACAAAAAAACAAAAACGUUACAGUUUAGAAAAUCCAAAGUUUCCAGGAGUGAAAGUGUAAACGUACAGCAGGUUUUGUAACAGGUCUGCUGUUGACAUUGUACACGUUUGUGAGCUGUCAGCGAGCUGGAAUGGCACACAGCGAGUCAGGGGUUGUUGUGAAUGGAACUCAGGUCACUGACAGGCCUGAAAGCGUUCAGCCAACUGGAAGAGCUGAUUGUGGACAACAAUCUUCUCGGAAAUGACCUCCGGUUGCCCAGGUUACCACAGCUCCAUACCCUAACACUCAAUAAGAACCAACUCUCAGACAUUGAGGCCUUGCUUGAGCAUUUGCAGGAAGUAACACCAGCUCUUGAGUACCUGAGCCUGCUGGGAAAUGAGGCCUGUCCCAAUCAGCUGGUCAGCCUGGAUAAAGAUGAGGAUGAUUACCAGAGAUACAGGUACUUUGUGCUGCAUAAACUGAGGAACCUGAAGUUCCUGGACAGCAGGAGAGUGACUCAGACAGAACAUCUGGAGGCCAAGGCCCGAGGCGAAUUCAUGAAGGUGGUCAGGCCUAAAACUGAGCAGGAUCUUACUGAUCGCAGAUCAGACAUCACUUCUAUGCCUUAUACUCCUCUACCGAGAUCCAAAGAUGCAAAAAACCCUAAAGGAGUGUUUGCCAAGUGCCGCUACGUCUACUACGGCAAGCAUUCAGAGGGCAAUCGCUUCAUCCGCAAUGACCAGCUCUGAUAAACAGACGGACAGGCCAUGGACAAGCAGGGAAGCUGUAUAAAGAUGUCUUCCUGUGUAUCUUUAUUAAUAUCCACAUCAUCAUGUUCAUUUUAAGCAGCUGAACACAGCCCUCUAGUGCCUUCUGCUGAGUGCGCCAUCCCUGCCACCUCUCAUCUCUCCCUCACUGCCUGAGCAGUGCCACUCACACUGACAUUAUUGCCUUUAAGCAGCCCUCACACACACACACACUCUCACUCACACAGACACACACAUCCAAGUGACUGUGCUGACAGCUACUGCUUCAUGAUGGAUUGCCUGAUCCAACUGCUACACUCUGCAGGUCAAAGGUCACACCUGAGGCUGCAGUGUGCCCAUGAGGACACACAGGAUGAGCGCUCCUCAAAGUCAAAGCUAAAGUUAUACAAACACACACACACACACACACACACACACACACACACACUCACAUCACUCAAUUUCUCUUGAUACAUUUAGUAUACAAAAACAAAACCAUCAAAUUUAUAGACUUCUGAAAAAAAAAACAUCUUAACUCAGGAAGUGCUUUCAGUGAUAAUGUAUUUAAUUGCUUCUCAACAGUCACUGGUAAUAUAGCUCAAACAUUAUUCAAAUAAUUUGCUUUCAGCAAGUGUAACUUUUCUAACAAACAAAAAGAACAUGAACAUGUAAUCCUACAUUUCUGACAUUUUAUUGGCGAAUGAAGGGCAUUUACAGGCACCUUGCACUGUGGCCUUGCGUGUGGUCAUGUAUUCAUGUGGUGAUGUUAAGUUUUUGUUUGUGCGUGUGUGUGUGUGUGUGUGUGUGUGUGUGUAUGUGUAUGUGUGUGUGUGCAUACACUGUGAAGUUGGUGUGUUGCGGGGGCAGAUGUUUCCGUGCAGGAGCCUGGAGGAGCUGGGAAAGUGCGUGGUAAUGAGCUUUGCUCUCGUUGCUUGGGUCCAGGAGAGGGAAAAGAGAGACAGGCGAGACAGAGCAGCAGGACUGAAGGGAGGGAGAGAAGUCAACAACUUCUUCCAUUCCACUUCUGAUUGCCUCCUCAUGUGAUAUGCACACUAUUUUAAUGACUUGCUCUGUAACUUUUGUUUAUGAAAAAGAAAAAAAUCCCUAACAGCUUUUGCUACAUUUCAGAUACAAGGUUUCUGCAGUGGUCUUAACAUUUAGUGGAAGAUUUGAUAGGAUCGAGUGAAUUAAAUACACAUGCUUGAGAAAUGUGCAUCCACGUUUUCAUUCAUGUUCAUUCAAAUACUGUUGUCUCAUAAUGUUGAUCUUUUUGAAUAUAGUGUUUCACAUCUUUUAAAGAGUGAGCUUUCAGGACCAAAGGAACAUGUAAUACCAAUUACACUCUAUCUACACAAUCAUAACCAAAGAUUUACUCUUCAAUCAUUCAUUUUAAUGAUCUCACCAUAACACAGGCUAUACUUCUUUUAUUUCUUUAAGAUCGAAUCAUAUAAUAAUAUAGCAUCUAUCUAUCUAUCAAUCUGUCUGUCUCUCUCUCUAUCUGUCUGUCUAUCUCUCUAUCUAUCUAGUUUCUGAUGUGUCUAGCUAGAUGGACUUUGUCGUCCUGUGGAUGUUAUGAACAGUGUGUUUAACGUUCUCUAGUGCAGCGAGGGAGAUGGUUGUGGAAGUGAAAGAGAGCAUGUGGAGGCAGAGCUCAUUGCUCCAUCCUCUCUGUGCUCUGCUUGCUCUCAGGGAAAGGCCACACAUCGCCCAGUGAAAUGUUUCUUUUGAUUGUUGGUCAGAUGCUUUGUGUGUGUGUGUGUGUGUGUGUGUGUGUGUGUGUUUGUUAGUCUGAGUAUAUGUGAAUGGAAAAUGUGCAUCUUGCUGAGAUUGUGUUUACACAAUGGUUUUUGUAAGUGUGUGUGUGUGUGUGUGUGUGUGUGCAUCUACUUGGUCCUAUGAGACUAUGCCUGUGCACUGCUCCUGUUGUGCUGCCGGAGAGCAUGGUCACUAGUGCGGGCGUUUCUAAAUGACAAGGUUUAUUUGUCCAUGUUGUGAUAUGUUCACAGGAAAGUGCCAGUGACAGCCAGAGGAGGCAGGAAGAGGGAGCCACAACAAGUCCCCCCCCCCCUCCUCAGCACACAAAAUGUCAUCUCUUCCCUGGCUGGCUCACCCAGCCAUCCCCAUGAAAAGAACAGACAUUUAAAACUUUGUGACAUGUGUCAGAGACGCUGCCAUUGAGCCAGUGCCGCUGAUGUAGCCCGAAUUGACAGCAGCGGAGCCGGCGGAGCUGGCUGGGGGACGUAGCGAGUUUGGUGAGUGUCACUUCCCAUCCUCGUCACGGCCUCGUCUCCCAACAGCUCCGCAAAUAUAAACAGCAUUAGGAGAGAGGCGCAAGUGCAGAGGGUAGACAUAUGCUGCCACGCAUGUGUACUGCGUGUGAGUGAGAGAAUGCGCGGAUGUGUGCGUUGUGCAGGGGGCACAGGAUGGGGACUAAUUAAGGAGCGAGGAACAGAGCGUGCACUAGGCACAGGCUGUGACCCAGGGGAAUGUGUGUGUGUGUGUCUGUGUGCACGGCUAUACAGAAAGUUCCUUACUGGAGUUGCGUAGCACCAAUGACGAGCCCUCUAGAUAGGUCUCAGGGCAGAGUGGGGAAAGAAAAGAUGGAAAAGUGUACACUAACUUCACAAACAGGAUUGAGAGUAAUCUCACACUGUCCUCAGAUUUAAAGUGCUUAAACUGCAUGAAGCAAUGAGAUGUAAUGACAUGGUUAAUGACUUUAAACAGUUUGUGAUUUAAACACAAUGGAAUGCCAGUGAUGUCUAGCAUUUCGCUCGUUGUAGCCGAUCGUAUCGGAUGCUUGUGGAAGCUUGACAGGCAGAGCUGGUGGGUGUUGCUGAUGCUGAAGACAGUCUGAGCUGACAGUGUUCCCAUUACAGCAUGUUCACAGAGCUCUUGCUCCAGUGCAGGCCUGUAUAGAAGGCCUUAGUAAAAACUCAGUGGAAGCCCAGGGCUCCACCACAGCCCACUUUCUCUCCCGCUCUGAUCCCAACUUUCAUUGUGGCUGCCUGUCAGAGCGGCUCUGGGAAAUCGCCCCUAGUCAUCAGUUAUUAGGCUCCUCUCUGUGAGUGAUUGACAGCGGCGAAUGCAAAUCAGGCGCAUGAGAAAGCGCUUGGCGCUGUAUCAGUGAUUGACAGCCGUAUGCUGAUAGCACGCUAACUGGAUGAGAGAGAGGUGAGAUGAGGGUCUGAUCAUUCUCCCGAGCUCGCAGCCUCAUCCUUUACUGCAGACACGAGGAGACAUUAGCCGAGGCAGACAGCCCGGGAAAGGGCAGGCACAGAAAAAGAGCCUUAUUUCCGGCACGGUUUCAGAUGAGUAGCAUUUGUCAUUGAGGGGAAGAUGGUGUAAUUAGCUUGUCAGUCUACUUUAGGCUGAGCUAGCUUUCGCUGGUAAGAAAGAUGGACGAACUGCCACGGGAGUUGACAGCCAGUCGAUAAUGUGGCAAUUAAUGUCAUAAAUAAUUCCACUACCAAUUAUAUCAGAAUGGACUUUGUGCUUUAAAAAGAGAAUAGUGUUCCCUUAUCAUUUCCUCUAUCAGCAAGUACUGCCAUAAUGUGCCACCUAAUUAUUUCCCUUUAAACACCGCUGCACAAUAUGGCCUUUCUUUUCAAACAUAUUUCUAGGGCACAGAAUUCGAAAAACAAACCACAGCUGCAGUAAUCUAUGCCUGUAAUUUUUUGUGUUUUUAAGCCUUUUUUUGUUGUUGUUUUUUAAACUAGACACUGUUAGGAGGAAUGUAGUUAUAAAAUGUCAAGAGCAGGUCCUGGAUAAAGCUUCACACUAAUACAAUUUGAGAGUAUAGCUGUGUUGUGUAAAUCAAUUCCACUUGAUAUUUUAAAGGUUGCUAAAGCCUUACUAACAGGCAGGGUAUUGAUUCACUGCCCAUCUUCCUCUGUGGGAAAAUAUUGUUUCUCAUCACUUACUCCACCUCUAAACUCAAGGUAAUGAUAUUCCACAAUACAUCGUUGAAUACGAGAGUUACGAUCCAGCAAGAAUGAGCUCUGACUUCUACAUGAUGAUUUGUACUUUUCAGUGUGUUUUGACUGCAAGCAUCCUCACGAGCAUGAGGAUUAUAUGAACACCACAUGAGUCUGAUCUUCUCAGUAUUUUCUCUCUGAGCUUAAUCCACACGGACGCGAACAGCUUCUUGUUCAAUAUUCUUGUUAAAGUUGCCCCUUUGAAAUGGGUGAGCAGAUCAAAUGAGCUCAGCUCAUGCGAGGCAUCAUAAUGUUGAGUAAAACAGUGUUAAAUGCAUCAGAUGAUGGCAGUAGGUUUAAUAUAUAGUCCAGCCAGCAGUGGCUCAAGGUCACUUCAGCUUCCUCUACAUAAUGCAUGAAUCCCCCCGUCCAUGCAGUCUCCAAUCAUCCACACCAACCUUGGGAUGAAAAUUUUACUAAGUAAAUCAGUGAACAUGCUGGCAUUUCUAUUAACCUCCAAUGUGCAACCGACAGAGUGAUGAAUUAUGCUAAAUAAUAACACAUCCCAAUAAAUCAGCUGUACAACUUGAAGGUGAAGUGAAACUCAACCGGCUAACAAAUGGUGUUAUUUUAAACACAGUGAAUGCAGUGUUCUUCCAUGUGGACGUGUAACUGAUAAGCGGUCUUAACGCCCCAACAGUUUGGUAUAUUUGCAGUAUACAGUUAGAGAUAAGUUGUACAAAAUAUACACUAUAAUGAAUUCUACCACAGCACUGUUGGAGUCUUGGAUCUAACUGGUUAAAAGGUGUUAGUUCGUUUUCUGUAACAGCGGCUCUGACAGUAGGUCUGUCAUUUCAUUCGCUUGUUCUAAUAAGUCCAUCGUUUCGGUUAAAUAUGUGUAAAGAGAUGUUUAUUUGAACAUCUUUGGAAGUGUCAGAACUUUGUGUCAGUUAUAACAGGAACUAACUUGUUUUGCUGAUGUUCCAUUCCAUUAUUAUACAUAACUACAGAUGGAUAAAAAUGUAUGACGUGUCAUUCUUUAAUAAAUAACCCGUUGGCAAAUUGCUGUGGUAUAAGAGAAAGAAAACACUUCUGGGAUGUGAUGCUAUUGGAAAAGAAUCAACUUUCAUGUGGUAACAGAAUCACAGCAGGCCGUUCUUAACUAUUUUCCUAUAACGCCUCCUCCUUCACGUUUUACUCCUUACUUAUGCAGAAUGCGCUGUCAUAAUUAAUGGCUAUAAUAGUUUUGGUGAUACACAAAUGCCUCUUAACAUCUUAAUCUCCUGAGACCCUUCUCUAGAUUUACUAGUCUCAGUGUAAUGAAUGGAUAAUUCAAAGUAUUUACUGAAUUAUAAUAACGAACAUCCACUGGAGAUUAUCCUUCAUGUAUCAUGCUUAGAAAUAUAAAUGAUUGUAGUCACUAAAUCGAAUAUGUAAGAACUAAUGAUAGUAAUAUGUGUCAUUUGGACUGCUUUUUUUCUCUUAUUAGUUCAUUUUAUACUGUUAUUACUCCCAUAGCAAUGUAUCCGAUAUGUUUACAUGGUUUACAAGCAUUCUGCUGUCUUCAUCGAUGUGCAGAUAAAACAUGAAUAUCAAUAUC